AUGACCAUAUCUGCAAGUCAGGUUAUUCAUUCCUCAAAACUUUCCAACAUGGGCGUGACAGAAUUCUCCUACUUCACCAUUAAGCCUGGCAAGAAGUCCGCCGAUGAUGGGGGACUUUUCGAGCGCGUGUUGGACCUCGCCGUCAGCCAACCCGGCGCCGGCAGCAUUUAUUAUGGCAAUUCAAUCGAGAAGCCAGAUCAGAGCUGGUGCUUUCUCGAUUGGGACUCAGUGGAGGAGCACUUGGCGUACCGUGAUAGCGCAGACCACGCACCCAUCGGCAAAGCUCUAGAGCCAUACCUCGACUGGACCAAAGGCUACAUCAAGCACAUAACCCCCGCCCCCUGGCCCCCCACCAUUCUCGCCGAAGCCCCCGUCGUUGAGGUCCUCACCCUCUUCUUCCCCGCCGACCUCGACGACGCCGCCAAGGCGUCUCUCACGGCGCAGCUCGAGGAAUUCAAGACCAAGGCUCUCGAUACCUCGCCCGACUUCAGGGGUAUCAGCCACGGGUGGAGUGUCGAGAACGAUGUGCCCGUCACCGAUGAGCCCGGCAAGACGGGCAAUCUGCUUGCGGCCUUCAUCGGGUGGCCGAGCGUGGAUGCGCAUGAGAGGUUCCGCGAUACGCUGCCGUUCAAGGAGAAUAUUGGCAUUUUGAGGGGUAUGAAGGAUAUUGUCAAAUUGGCUGUUUUCCAUGUAAGCUGUAAGAGCAAGCAGCCUCCUAAGAAGGAUUGA